AUGCCAGACUACUGUCCUUACUGCAAGCAUCAAGGUCACACCUUACAAGUUUGUACUGUUAAAAAAAUAGAUGAGGAGAAUAAGAAAAAUAAUGAUCAAGAAGAGGAGGUCAGGAACACAGACAGGAUCAUCACUGAUAAGAGAAAGGCUCUGAAACCUGCUACUGAUCAUCACAAGGAAACUCAGCUCCAAGAAGACCAACAUAUUAAGGAACAACAAAACACUAAUAGGGCUGAAACUGAAAAAAGAAAUCAAGAGCAUACAGGGUGGCAAAUCCAAAGGAGAAGAGGCAAGAAAGAUGGACAACACCAACAACAUCAAACACGGCAGCAUAAAACACAAGUAUUCAGGUCAAAAGGGGAAGGUUCAGUACCUCACCAACACAAUGACACCAACAACAAUGAUGAAAGAAACCAGCAACAGUCAGUACAUUCCACUUCCCAUAAUCCCACUCAACAGGUUGGAACUAGCAGACCUGUAGACAAGGAAAAAGAUCAAAAUAUUGCUGCCAUAGAAGAACCAAGUUCUGGCUUGAAUACUGUUGAAGGCAACAAUGUCAAAAGCACAGAAGUUUGUGGGGUUGAGGAAGGGGAAAGUCAGGAGAAAAUUACUAACAUGCAGGAAGGGGCUACCAGGGGGAGGGAACUUCUGUUGGUUGACCCUAGGAAAGACUAUAAAUCCCAUGCAACCACUCCUCCAAAUACUAGCAGGUCCAGGUACACAUUCUCAGACCCUCAACAACAAGGCCACAUUAUCUCUAAGCAAGAAAAAAGGGAUGCUAUUAACAAGAAACUUAUCCAGGAGAGGCAAUCAGAGCAAACAAGUGUGAACUAUGUUCUGGUACCAAAACAAGAAGGAAUCCAGAUGCAGUCUGCAGAACAGAGUAAACUUAGUCAGAAAACCAUAUCAGAUGGUUUUAAAGAGGAGUACACAGCUACUGAUCAUGCCCCACCUCUGCAAAUUUAUGAUGUAUCCAAUGAGAGGCAGGUGCUUAGUAAAGAAGACAGUGCAGAAGACUUAUCUGAUGAAUAUAGGGUCACUCAUUCUGAAGAUGAGGAAGACCCUGACCAAUGGGAGGAUGAACAAAUGAACAACAGGAAAACCAAUUAG